AUGCUUUUCCAAGACCUGCCCUUGCAUCAGAAGCGCGGUCAAAAGCAUGGUAAGCCCGGCCAAGCCUGGCCAGGCCAGGCUUGCCAAGGGCUGGCGGGCUUGCCAGGAAAGCGUGGCCUGGAAAAGCCCAGUAAGCCCGGUCAAGGCCAGGGUUUUGAGGUAAGCCUGGCCUUAGAAGCAUGGCUUUUCCGACCACACUGGCAUUUCAUGGCCUUCCUGGCCAGAAAACCAGAAGCCAGGAAAGCCAAAAUUCCUGGCCAUGUUCCACAAGUGAUAGCAAUAAGAACUAGAAACAAUAUGUUUUACAGUAUUUCUAUCUAUUUAUUAUCAGACAAUUAGAAAUGCAUUUUUUACAGAUUAAUAUUGACAUCAAAAUGUCCAGUGAGUAUUCAUGACCAAGAACAAUCCACACAAUUUAUGCUGUGGCGAAAAGCGUAAUUUAUGCAGGUAUAGAUGUAUGAAGUAUUUAUAUAAAGUUAAUUUUGAAUAUUUGAUAAUAAAACGAAUCUGCAAAACUUAUAUAAAAACCAUAGCGAAAUAUAUCCAAGUACCCCCUAUUCUGAAUUUUUUCUACAGUUCUUUUUCAACCUUAUGGUUAAUUUAUUUAACUGCGAAGAUCAUUUCUACUUUCAUAUCUAUAUCCACAAUUGAUAAAAAAUUGUCCACCAUUGGGUAGACGCUAGCUCACAGUUGCGUGCUCUCCAGUUGGCUUGAUAAGUUUAGUGGUUAAACAAUUGCAUCCGAUCAAUCGUAUAGGUCAGGAUUCGAAUCCCCAUCAAGCCUUAAUUUUUUCAGGUACUUUUUCGACCACUUAGAUUGUCCAUUUAACUACAAGGAUCAUUUCCAUUUUUUUAUCUGUUUCUUACCGUAGUGUGUUCCUUCAAAGUGUCUUUGGUUCAAUCAGAUUUCCAAACUAACCUGUGAGCUUUGUCUAACCUGAACAAUGACCACAACUCGUUUUUCGUUGCAGUUCUUUGAUUGAUAACGUAGUCCAGCUUGUUCUUUCCCAACUUAAAAGAGAAAUUUUAAGUUUACCUCUUGCUUUUACCACUUCAAAUGCGUUGGUUCAUCUUAAUUAACGCUGAAAAUAACUGCCAUUUUGACUUGAACGGAAGCAUCGCAAGAUUAGUUGCCAUUUUUCUUGGUUCCCAGGAUUCCAAGCGUGCCUUUGGCACAUGUGCUAUUUGAUUUACUUUGUCACGUGCGGCUUUUGAACCAACAGAAAAGUGUGAAAUGAACUUCUGUUGAAUAGUUCAAAUUCACGUCGACCUUACAAGCAACAAAGUAUUUUUGUUAAUACUGUCUUUCUGUCCUUGUUAUUUUCGAGACAAAGUGAUCAAUGGCGAAGUUUGUGUUCACAUAAAGCAUAUUUGCAAGUGAGUUUACUCAGCUGGAUCAAUGGAGAAAGGUAUGUAUUCUAAAAACUGCGUAAAUAAGCUUGUAAACUUGAAAAAUGCAUGCAAAGAUAUACAGUACCGUUGAUCAGAUCCCUUUUUGCUGCUUUUUGUUUGUAUAGGUAAUCACAUGAUUCCGAGUGCAAUUUGGAAUAAAUAAGCACAAGUAAAUUUGUCAAAGACCAAAAACAGUGCGCGAGCCUGUAGGGCGAGUGCACUUUGUGGUCUUUGAAAAAUUGAAAAGUGCUUAUUUAUUCCAAAUUGCACAGGAAAAAUCAUGUGAUUACUUAAUAAUAUACACGAAAAAAAUAACUACAACAAAAAAAUUUUGACAGGGCGCGCUUUUAGUUCAUUCAACUGAUUGGCUGAAACAGAUUACAGUGUUUGUCAAAUGCAAACUUUUACAAGACCGACACUUUCAAAAUCAUUCAAAUUAGAACUUGGAAAUGUGUUAGGAUUGAUUUAACACCUUUUACAUUUAUGUAUAGAAAACUCGCUUUACAAUAAUCAGGAAAAGUAAACAUUCAAUCAAAAUCAUCCUCAAUAAUGAAUGCUCGGCGUUUACAAGAACUGGGCUGUCGUUUUGAAAUCUCAGAGCUCACUUCGAGCGGCCAAUCGUGAAAGACACUUGACAGUUGUUGAACGUGUUCAUCAUGGUCUUAUCCUGGGAUCUCAUCAUGGUUGGAUUCACAGAGAAAUUCUGAGCUUGAAAACCUGAAAGUGAUGGCGAGAAUUGGUUUUCUUUCGUCGCUGUCAUCGAUGGGCCGGCCAAUGUCUGUGGUACGGGCACGUUCGUGUUUACUGGAGCGAGUGGAGCCACAGUUGUUGUGAUGUCGGAAACUGCCAUUCGCUUUUUCUCAGCACUGGGGUUUUCAUAAUUUCGUUUGGAUAUUGUACUGGAGAGUUGUCGUUGUUCUUCCUCGUCGGCUUCAUCUUUAUCGUUAAGGGAUUGUACACUUUGGUGGCCUGUGACCUUCACAAUAUCUGAACGUUCAACGUUUACUUUCUUUAGCUUGCUCAAUGUUCUCUUUCUAGCACUGUGAUUCGUGAACUAACUUUUUGUGACUUUCUUCAAGGCUAGUACCCGCCACAGUUGUUUUCAUCAUGUUGCUAAUAGUGUUUAUGCCUAUUGGUUAAGUUUUGAACCAGAGGUUGUCAUUCAGUCUUCGGUUUCUUUUGAUACUGAGGUAGAAAGGACCUGACCAUCGCAUGUUUAAUGGUCUUUGCUUGACAAACUGCUUGAAGAGAGCAACCGGACACCUUUCUUCUUCAACAGAGAACAUUCGUGGCUGAAAAUCUCUGUUCUUGCUCUGCAGUCUGCCCUGUCUGGUCUUCAUUGGACCUUCGGUAAACUGCACGAACUCCAUACCUUCGUCAUUUUUGCAGAGUUGAAAAUGUUCCGUUUUCAUUGCGUGGUGUUCUUGACGGUCGCGGAGACCAAAGAACUGCGUUAAAAGCCACCACAUAGAAGAAAUAAGUGCUUCUGGAGUUUUGGAACCAAAUUUUUCUUCCUCCCACAGCACCUCUUCUUCUUCCUCAGUGAAACUUUUGGCUUUAUUUGGACGUUUGCCCAUACCAGAUUAGCGAAGCUGCCAAGCUUUCCCCUCUAAAACUUGCUUGGAAGAGUGGAACUCCCCGUCGCUUAUAAUGGAAAACUUGUAUCCUUUCUCAUUUAAAUGUCUAUCAAGUGCAGCUAUCAUCACUCUUAAGCUGUCUGGCUCGUAGUCGUCACCGUUUUUGUUUUUUACUUCAGCGUAGAAUUUUUCAAGUAGCUUGUUUAGUUUUUCUGGCUCGUUUUCCUCGAUUUUGUUGACAAUAUUUUUCUGUUUGCGUUACGUCUCCCAUACAUUCAGCCAGAAAGACGUAAUCUUUACUGUGUUUGGGUUUUUGGAUUUUUUUUUUAGCUUUUCAGUUGUUGUUUCACCCGCAAAACCAAAUCCUUGUUUGCUGAAAACCCCGGCCCUUUUCCUCUGCAUCUUAUCGUAAAAUUUCUGCCAACAUGUUGCUAUAGAAACAGCUCUAAUCUGAUUGGUUCUUGUUGGUUUCUUUUGUGUUUUUACCCAAUCAGAACGCAUUUGUAAUUUGCACUCGUGUUACAAGUUUGCACUCGUGUUACAGAAGAGCGGCACUCCUUUCUCAGCCAAUCGGAAUUGACUAAUUUUUUCGUGUAUAUUAUUAACUGCAGAAAUAACUGUACUCUUUGUUGCAAACAGUCAGUGGAAUACUCUGAACAUUGUAUGUUCUGGCGCCACAAAUAGGUUAUAG